UUCACAGCUGGACAGAUUUUUCUUGUUCUCCGAGCAGAAUCGCAGAUUAGGUGAUCAAAAUUGCGUCGUUUCGCGAGAUCGAUGAACAAUGUUUCUGCGAAUUCGGCUGUAAAUUUUGGUGCUUCACCCGAGGAAAUAAUUUAUCUUUUCAUCUCGCUCUCUUUUGAUCGCGUAAUCUCGUCGGCCGCUUUUGGCUUUUGAUGGUCUCGCUUUCCAGCCAGAUUUUUAUAUUUUCUUUUAUUCUGUUAGAUUUCAUCAAUUGCAAGUGCCAUGAGCUCGACUGCGAAUUGCAUUGAGACGGAAAACGCCGUCUGCGAAGAGCGGACCAGCGAGGAAGAAGCCUCGGACGCCCAAAAACCAAAGAAAAAGACGCGGCGGGGCCGGAAAAAUAAAAACAAACUCUUCUCCUUAGAAAAACUGCAGCAAGAUGCUCAUGAUAGAUCAAAUGUGGACUGCGUCAUCGAAGCAAUUCGAAAAGUUGCCGUGUCCGGUUGCGAGAUGUUGGACGUCGUUCUUGGCACAGAAACUAAUGUUGCAUUGCCUAACAUAGAAAAAGAGGAUCCCGGUGCAGCUGGCUUGGAAAAGUACUUUGCUGAAGAAAUCGAGCAAAUCGAAAACCAGAGCAAAUCGGGAGAAUCUCCUGCCAAACCCAAGAGGAGACCCAAGGCCAAAAAGUCUGCCUCAGGGACCAUUGUUGAAGGUUCUGCCAUUAUUGAGAUUCAGCCUGCUGAGGAAGCAUUGGAAUUUGAAAAGCAGAAGAAGAGGAAACCGAGAAGCAGAAAGAAGAAGGAGGUUAUUGGGACGGUUGAGGAAAAGGAGCAGCAAGAGGUGAACAAGAAAAAGAAAACAGCAGAGGGGAAGGAGAACCAGUUGGGGGAAAGUCCGAGCAAAUCGCCCAGAAAGGGAAAAGGGGCAAAAUCGAGAUCGCCGAGAAAAAGCUCAGGAAUGGACAACGAAAAGUUUCCUGACUAUUGGCAGGAGGAAGUUGUCAAGUCUGCCCUGAAAGAAGGAACUCUGAUCAAAGGGACUCUGCGAAUAAACAAGAAAAACUUCAAGGAAGGCUACAUCAAGAACCCAGAGGGUGGGCUGGACAUUUUCCUGGACGGGGUGAAGGCCAGGAACAGGUCUCUCGAAGGGGACGAAGUUGCUGUCAAAAUCCUGCCUGAAGAAAACUGGAAGAAUCUCGGAGAACGAGGUGUCCAGAAGUCAGGGGAGGUUAUUUUCAUCCUGCUGAAAAUGCACCACCGCAAGACUGUGGGCUGCCUGAAGCCUCUGCAGCACAAGAACUCGCCCUUUGCCCUGCUGGUGCCCCGAGACUACCGAAUGCCUCGCAUUCGAAUCCCCGUCUCGCAGUGUCCGCCCAACUUUGACAAAAAUCCGGACAUGGUUUACCAAGCUGAGAUUUCCCUUUGGCAAAACACGACCUACGCCUUUGGGAACUUGCUGAAGCUGAUCGGAAUGCCGGGCACCAUCGAAGUGGAAACCCAGAGCAUUUUGCUGGACAACGGUCUCGACGUCACUCCGUACGAUCCCUCCUUCAAUCAGUACUUCCCUUCGCAACCAUACAAAAUUCCCGAGGAGGAAUUCAAGUACAGAGAAGACUUCAGAAAGCAGUGCAUUUUCACAAUCGAUCCAGCCACGGCAAGAGACUUGGACGACGCAGUUUCCUUUCGAAAACUGGAAGGGGAGGAGGGUUUCGAGAUAGGGGUGCACAUUUCGGACGUGGCGCACUUCCUCACCGAAAACACCCCUCUGGACGAAGAAGUUGGACAAAGAGCCACAACCACCUACCUAGUGCAAUCAGUUUUUCACAUGUUGCCGGUGGAGUUGUGCAGGUUGUGCUCUUUGACCCCCGGGGAGGACAAACUGGCCUUCUCCGUCUUGUGGAAAGUGAAGCCGGACUGUUCCAUCGGAGAACCGCGCUUCACCAGGUCCGUGAUUCACAGCUGCUGCCAAAUGUCCUACGAACAUGCUCAAGCAAUCAUAGAGGCGCCUGACGACAAGGUGUGGACUGAGGAGGAAAUGCCCAAAGUGCACCCUCCGCACUCAGUCAAGGACGUGGUCAACGUUGUCAAAGGUCUGCGGCCGAUCGCACUGAAACUUCGGGCGGGCAGGUUUGAAAACGGCGCGUUGAGGAUUGACCAGCCCAAAGUUUCCUUCCGGGUGGACGCCGAGACGGGGCUGCCGUCCGAGUUCAACAUUUACCAAAACAUGGAGUGCCAUAGAUUGAUCGAGGAACUGAUGCUGCUGGCCAACAUGGCCGUGGCCAACCACCUCUUCAACCACUUCCCGGACAUUGCGAUGCUCCGCAGCCAUCCACCCCCUCAUGACAAGCUGAUGGAGGAACUGAGCAAUUCGCUGAAACCUGCCGGCAUCGAUCUGGACGUCAGUUCCUCGGCGGCCAUCCACGCCUGUCUGGAGAAGUUUUUGGCCCAGGAGGAUGUGGAGACCAAGGCCAUCGGCUACGGACUGUCCGCUCUCUUGGCCAAACCGAUGGCGAGAGCUAAGUACUUGUGUUCGCAAGACACGCAGGCCGAGGACCAGUGGCACUACGCCCUCAGCGUGCCCCUUUACACCCACUUCACCUCCCCCAUCAGGCGAUACGCCGACGUCGUCGUGCACCGACUUUUGGCCGCCUCUCUCCAGUACACGCCCCACCCAGGCUGGGACCCUGACCACGUCGCUCAAAUGGCCAGCGUUUGCAACGGGAAGAAGUGGUCGGCCAAAACGGCAGGCGAGAAGAGCAUCGAGUUGUUCCUGGCCCUGUACCUGGGCAUGCACGGGGCCAUGGUGGAGGAGGCCGUCGUCCUCAGCGUCAUGGACUACAGCCUGGACGUCCUCGUCCUGCGAACAGGCUCCACCCACCGAGUGUACACAAAUAAAUUCGACGCCAAGGAGGCGAAAAUCGAGCACAAUGUGAAGGAGCGGACGGUCAAAAUCAAUUGGCUCCAGCCCAGCCAAGUCGUACAAACUGUCAAGACUUUUUCCGUCGUCCGUGUGGAGCUGAGCAAGGCGUCUGAUCUCAAGAUCGUGUCCAAACUGGCCAGUCCCGUCUCGGCUGACGAGCAAUAAUCAUCAAGAGGCAUUUUGUUGCAUUUCACACUAGAGGUGGCUGUGCUUUAAUAAGUCAUGUACUUUUCUCUCUUCCGACGUGGCGGUUUAUCAUUGGAAUUUUUAAUCAUGUACUUAAAUUGACAAAAUCUGCAUUGUGAGAUUAAAUUUGAAAAGAUGUUUUGAUAUCAUUUGACUAACUUUAUUAAAGUAAAUUAGAAUUAGAGAAAAA